AUGGUUUGGGACCUGCUCCCCGCCGACUGGAACCCCUCGGCCUGGGCGGGCCAGUGGUUCCUCCAGACGCCUCUGGACGCCGCCGCAACCACCAAAUGCAGCCCGGCCGGACUGUCUUUCCCCGACAUCACCGGGGUGCGCAUCCUCUCGAUCGAGGCCUUUGAGCAGCGCAACUACACGUACAUCCCCGGCCCCUUCGCCGCCGGCCUGCCGGGCCCUCCCACGCCGAUCCCCGGCCUCGACUUCUGCAACGUCACCGUCACCUACACACACCCGGGCUGGCACGACACCAUCAACGUCAACACGCUGCUGCCCGCCGCGGAACGCUGGAACGGGCGGUUCGCGGGCAUCGGCGGCGGCAACCUCGCCACCGGGGGAGGCAUGGUGGCCGAGUUCCUCAUGAUGCCCAUCAUGGCGUCCGGCUUCGCCACCGCCACCACCGACGGCGGGCACUCGACCGACGUCCUCGGCCCCGAGGCCAACGACCCGUCCUGGGCCCUGACCAGCCCCGGCAACGUCAACUGGCCCCUGCUCGUCGACUUCGCCUCCGUCUCGCUGCACGACACGGCCACCAUCGGCAAGGCCGUCGCCGAGGCCUUCUACGGCUCCGCCCCGGCCUACUCCUACUUCCACGGCGGCUCCACCGGCGGCAGGCAGGGCCACAUGCUCGCGCAGCGGUACCCGCAGGACUACGACGGCAUCAUCGCCCUCUUCCCCGCCGUGAACUGGGUCCAGUUCUUCUUCGCGAGCUUCUGGCCCAAGUUCGUCAUGGACCAGCUGCGCACCUACCCGCGGCCCUGCGAGUUCGAGGCCAUCACGGCCGCCGUCGUCGCCGCGUGCGACGGCCGCGACGGCGUCGAGGACGGCAUCCUCUCCCGAAUCGACCUCUGCGACGACUUCGACCCCCACGACGUCGUCGGCAAGGCCGUCGACUGCGACGGCGUCGAGACCACGGUGUCGUCCGCGGCCGCGGACGUGAUCCAGGCGACGUGGGACGGGCCGCGAAGCGCCACGGGCGAGUUUCAGUGGUACGGGUUCGGCAAGGGCACCGACCUGACGCAGCCCCUCACGGGGCCGAUCCAGGUCCGGUGCGACGGCGGAGACUCGUGCGGCGCCGAGCAGCUCGCCGUCUGGGCCCGGUACUGGGUCAGGAAGGACCCCUCGUUCGACAUCGGCGCGAUCUCGCAUGAGGAGUGGGACGACCUCGUGCACGCCUCCGUCAACGAGUUCGACUCCGUCAUCGGGACCUCGGACCCGGACCUGUCCGCCUUCAAGAGGAGGGGCGGCAAGAUGGUCAACUGGCACGGCACCGUGGACGCGGCGAUCCCCUUGAACGGGAGCACGGACUACUACGACCGUGUCCUGGCCCGCGACCCGGAGGCCCAGGACUACUAUCGCUUCUUCGUCGCGCCCGGCGCCGGCCACUGCUUCAACUGCGGCCCGAGCCCGCCGCCGACGCUGGACUACAUCAUCGACUGGGUCGAGAAGGGCGUGGCCCCCGACACCCUGCGGGCGUCGGGGGAAAACGGGCAUGGUGUCCAGGUGGAGAGAGACCUAUGCAUGUAUCCCAAGGUCCAGCACUAUGCGGGAGGGGAUCCGAGGGUUGCCUCGUCCUUCGUUUGCGUCUAG